CUUGUGAUUAUCCCAAGAUAGAAACAGAGAAAAGGACCUGUCUGCUGUUUUGAGAAGUCUUUUUAAAAAUAUAUAUAUUUGUCGGAGAAUCUUUACAAGACAUGGCUUCAGGAGGAUCAAAGUCGGCAGCUUUCAUGCUUCUGAUGCUGAAUCUUGGUCUCUAUUUCGUCGUCACCGUCAUCGCUUCCUGGGCUGUUAAUCACGGCAUCGAGAGAGCUCGCGAGUCUGCGUCGGUGCUGUCUCUUCCGGCGAAGAUCUUCCCGAUAUUCUUCCCGGUGGGGAACAUGGCGACUGGUUUUUUCGUAAUAUUCUCGUUGAUCGCCGGCGUCGUCGGAAUGGCCACAUCACUCACCGGAGUCAUGAACGUUCUUCAGUGGGACUCUCCGAAUCUCCACUCCGCCGCCGCUUCCUCUCUCAUUUCCUGGGCUCUCACUCUCCUAGCCAUGGGAUUGGCCUGUAAGGAGAUCAACAUAGGCUGGACUGAAGCAAAUCUGAGAACUCUUGAAGUGAUGACAAUAAUUGUGAGUGCUACUCAGUUGUUGUGCACCGGAGCUAUUCACGUCGGAGUUGGAGAAACAGUCGCCGGAGAAAGGCCUCAUGUUGGCAGAGUUUGAGUUUCUAGAUUGACAGAAAUAUACAUAUUGAUUUGGUUUCUUCUUUUGUGUGUUGUGUGUGUUAUUCUGAUUUUUUUUUCUCGUCUAUUUUUUUUUUCUUUUUAAAUUCUAUACCUUGAUUGUAUAAAAUGCUUUAAAGGAUUUUAUUAUCGUU